AUGUCGGUGUGGUUAUGGGUGGCUGCCUUGUUGUGUGGGACUCAAGCUAUUGUUUUGCCGCCUCCAUGGGCCGAUGUGAGAAGAAACCCUUGUGCGGCACAUCCGAAAGGCUGGUUGAUGCUUUACUGGCCUGCUGACGGGAAUUGCUACACUAUUUAUAAGAAAGGCUAUCCCUGUCCAGAAACGCAAGAGCUAAGUCCAGGUCGCUGGGGUGGCCGUACUGUGGCCGAGUGCAAAUGUCCACCUGGCACCGCCCAGCUGCCUCACAGUAAUACCUGCUACAGACUCUUCGAAAGAGGACCAUGUAGACCUGGAGAAUACUUCGCGCCUGUUGAGGAGUCAUUCAACAAGCGAGGAGAACGACAAGGUAUGUGCGUGCGACCUCAACAGUGUGCUGACGAGACAUUGCUCUACUGGCCUCCUGACGGACGAUGUUACUACAGAUUGAGUCAGGGACCUUGCUAUUCUGGCAGUUUGUUGGAUAUCGGUUCUGAUGGAUUGGCUAAUUGUACUUGUAACACAGGCGGUCCACACCAUUGGUCUAUCGACGGAGGCGGAUGCUAUGCGCACUACACCCGUGGUCCUUGCGAGAGGGGUCAAUUGUUCUUGCCUGGGUCCAAGUGCGGCUGCGAGCCACAUUUGCCUCAUUACCACAAUGAGACUCAGGCUUGUUACGAACUAGAAACAAUUGGUCCCUGUCCCAAAGGCCAUUUGUUCUCAAUCACUGAGGUAGCACCACAUGGGUCGCGUGCGGAAUGCCGUUGCAAGAGCUUCCAUGCAAGAGCUGAAGACGGUGCCUGCUACCGACUGUACACCAGGGGACCAUGCGGACAGGACGAGAUGAUUGCCAGAGGAGGGCGAUGUACCAAGGUACCUUGUGCAAGAGGUCGUCUGUACGUACCUGAACGUCGCCGUUGCUAUAGACCAGGCCAAGCUGAACCGUGCCCAGUGGGUGAGGUGGUGGCUUUUGACUUCGAUGCCAGACCAGCUUUGGAUGGUCUUAGCCAUAAUGGUGUUUGUGCCUGUGGAAGUGGUGCUUGUACGAGAAGAGACGUGGAAACUUGCAUAUCUCGAAGAGGUACCGCUGCAUUCAACGGCGUGUGCCAUAUACUUCACACUCAAGGACCUUGCCAAACUGGGUCUUGGCUAGCCAGAGACCCCAUUACUGGCAAAAUUAUCUGUCAGUGUAGACCUGGGGUCCUAGACGCUGAUUGUAAAGUUUUAAGAUUUACUAUUAAGAGUUGACGAAGUGCCAGAAAUUCUUUUUAGUAAAUACAUUAACAUUUAGGACAUUAGGACAACCUUCGACAUAUAAACCUUCGAUGCUUUUGUCAGUUUUGGCAUAUAACAUGGACGCAAAUCUCUCAAUUACAUUUCGAAGUCGUGGAGGAAUAUGGUACGAAGGAAGGGCAUGGUUACAAUUGUUAUCAGGAAUUGCACGUUACUGGCAGCUCUUGCCAGUAAAUAAAAAUAAACUAUUACCAUAGUUUAAAUAAGACAAGUAGUCCAGCUCCCGCCUGUUCGGCAAGACAAUGCCGACAAGACAAGACAUGUUGUCACGUUAUUACUUUAGUUGUACUUACAUACAGGUUGCAAGACAUAAUUAAAAAAAAGGUAUCUCAAGAGUAUUUUCGCGCUAUAUUGAGAUAAACUUUGUCAAAUGUAGUACUUAUUUAAUGAUAUUUUUGUGACAACAUCGCUGAUGAGUAUCUCGAUUAUGGGAGUAUGAUUACGAAACAGAAAUAAAAUGUUGUCCAAUUCUGAAUUUGAGGCACUCACAUGAUAUAAUUUUUAAACACUGAGCGAAUAAUUAAUUCGUGAUGUCGGCUCUACACCCUUGGCAUUUGCCGCAAGCCCCAAAGGUCUACAAACGCUGGGCAAAUUAGGCAAGACAAACGUCGGCAUCCGCACGCUUGCAAGCGCACUAGCGUGCUCCAGAGAAGCAAGCAUGGUAGAGGUCGAAUUUGUGUCUGGUAUUACGUUUGGCUUGACAUAUUUUUAUUACGAAAAGUAGCAAGAUGAAAGGAAAUGCGCAUCUGCUACUUUUUGUAUUUAUGGUUCUUAUGCUUCGGAUUCCAAAUUUAUGAUUCUGCUUGGUAGCACUCCAGAAAGAAUAAAAUAGUCUCGUUUAACCAGUCAAGCAGUUUCCAAAUUUAUAACAACAACAAUACUAUCACACCUAAAUUAUAAUAGUGGUUUUUAUUAGUUAUUUUAAAACCUAAAGAAAGGCAAAUGUUUAAAACCUUACAGCCAUGCCUAUAAAGAUAAUACAGCGUACAUUUUUUUAAUAUAUUAUACGGCAUAUCUAUCAACCCAACGUAGCAGAAAAGAAACGUCUAUCCGUCGACAUUUCUCAAACAAUACUAACUAGCACAAACGUAUGGAUACAUGGCAAACACUUGCCACAAGCUUCCUUUGAUUUGUGCACAAAAAUCGGAAUAUGGACGGAUCGGCGACAAACACGUGCAAGCUCGCGUAAGCCAAUGCAAAUACACCAUCCACACGUUUGUGCUUGCGCGCCCUUGCCAUGAUUUGGCAAGUGCGUGGAGCCGGCAUAAUUAGUGGCGCGUGCGAACGUGCCGUAGAUUAUGCGAAUGUGUGCGUCCGUCAUCGAGCAUAUUUACUCGAUGGCAUUCGUACACGAUACUCGCGUGUAUAUAUACAAGCCGUGCUACUACGUUUGUAUGGAGUUACAUUACUUGUCUUAUUAUACUAUGCUAUUACCAAUUGACCUGACCAAUUCUUUGGCAUAUGCAAAAAAAGAAAUGUCGCUAUAAGUUUUCAAAAAGUUGAAAUAUUCCUGGAUGUAACAUUUGGAUCUUAUAUAGUUUAACGAACUGCCAAAGGUUUGGCUACUAAAUCAUUGUAUAGGUUGAGUUUUCAUGUUUGGUCUCUGAAGUGAUGGAGCAGUUUUUUUUCAAAUUAUACUGCACGAUAAGGGUCUGAAUCUCAUGCGUCAGUUGUUAAAGUUUUCACAGGUAGAAAUUAUUAUCGAACAAACAUCAAGGUCUAUAAAGCAAAUAGGCAAAUAUGUACUUAAUUAAGAUUAAGAAUAACAAUGAUCUCGAGAAUUUAGUUAGUAAUUAUUACUAGAAAUUCGUUAAGACGAUUCACAAAAGUUUAAAGGCCUGUAUCUGAUAGGUAAGUACGCGAUAUUCGCUAUACGCUUAAGUUAAGUAAGAAUAAGUGACAAUAUUAGUAUUUUACAUAAAAUUAACAUAUUUCUUGUGAAAUGUUGAUUUUACAACAUAAUUUGGUUUUUGCAGUAUGUCCAUCUUAAAGGACCCUAUUUUUUCAUUCAUUCCACUUGCAUUCUACAUUCACGUUAGCCGUGCCGACGUUGCCUAUGGCCAACGAAGCACGGCCAUCGUUGAUCCGAAAGUCCUUCGGGGUAAGAGCAACCAACGACUUACGUAUUAUGAGCUUCGUUGCGGACGCAGUCACGUAGUACGUGUCUGCGUCCGUCUUUCGUUUGUGUAUCGUUUUGAGCGCAUCACUAGAGCCUCAGCAACGUCCUGCCUUAUAGUGGUUAAUUAUUCGAUAUACGCUUGUGGGUAGCGAAAUCCGAGUGGUUUGCUGCUAUAUCCGCAUAUUUGACGUUGUCUUUUAAAUUUGGUCGAGUGUUAUUUGUUUGACAGUAAUUGUUUCGAACAGAUGUCGGACGGAGAAAGAGAGUAGUCCCCUUUCAGCGCCGCGGAACUUCAUGUUUCCGGGAUACCGAGCGGUAUUUUUGGAAUAUCGCUUAUAUCUGAGUAGGCCCUUAGGGUGCAUAGUGUAUUGCUUGAAAGACAUUUUUCUCAGAUUUUCAAGCAAUAAAGACUGCAAAUAGAAUUAUACAAAAUACCUGGAAGGUUUUUUUAUUAGCCCGAAACGUUUUACUACGGCAUUUUUAUCAUUAAAAUUAUCAAUAUAUUUUGGUUAAAAUGUUUCGGGUGAAUUAAAAAUAACCACAGCAAUAAUUAUGUAUUAUUAUAGAUGUUAAGUUGGGUGUAGCCAAUAAAAAUAGGUGGGUGAAAAUAUUAAUGAAAACUUUUCAAUAAAAAAUAUAAUGACCAAUGCAAUUUAAGGUUUUCAUUAAAACUUUCUAUAAAAAAUAAAAAAAACUUUAAUAAAUUAUC